AUGAGACUAAGCGACGCAAUGUGCACCGCAAAUUCACCCAUGCGCUCAACGGCAUCGACAUGCAGCUCACUGGAAGAAGCGAUGAGGCAAUCGCUUUUCUCGGCUGACCCGUUCGAAAGGUCAGCCUCAAGAAGCCGAGAAACCCGAGCAUCGGUAGUAUCCGGACGAACAGGGAAGAUUCCGAGGCUCCUUUGGCGCUGCAGCUCGUCAGCACGUAGUCUACUGUCGCGAGAUCAAAGCAGUGACCACCCGAUCAAGAGCAAAAGUCAUGUACGGCGAAACACCGUCGGUUCUCUCUUUUCAACGACUCCAAGGUCCUCCACAUCGACAACCACAGAGAUUGGACCCUCGUGUCAAUGCGCUACAUCCCAACACAGACGGCUAACCACGGUUCUUUGGCGUGAGAACAGUGAGAAGCUGCAACUAUUUCGUGACGAAGCGGAGUACUCGGAUUAUAUAUCUGCUCGCGUGACUGGGCAGCAUUUUGAACGACCUGAGGAUGGCGUCAUUUUCUACGAGAUCGAAGCACAUUUGAGCAAGCAACAGUGGUGCGUGGCGCGUCGUUUCUCCGAGUUCCGACUACUUCGACAGCAGCUCAUCAAGCACUUUAGUCGAGGCAAACGUCGUCGUGAGCCGCGCUGUGCAAUCUGCGAGAAUGUGUUGGCUUCCAUUAUGGAAACUAGCUUCCCCUCGCGGCAUGUUUGGGGCUCACACCUCUUUUCCAAUGCUUCUGGAGGUAUACCCGAAACUGAGAUCAUCGAGGAGAGAAAGAUGCGCUUUCAAGAGUUUAUGGCCAUGUGUCUGGUCACUAUUAGAAGUCUUCGCCAGCACAUUCGUGUACUUCCAGAUAGCACUACUUGCGAGAUUAGUGUGGCCUUGAGAAUGAUGGAGGAGUUUCUUGGGUUGAGUUUUACGAGAUACCUGGGGUUCCUUGGGGAACGUGGCAUUGUCGACCAAAUGUCGGAAACUAUGAGACAAAGCCUUUCAUUGCGACGACGACAAGGAGAAAUAGUGGUGCCCAACACCAGCUCAACCUGCUAG